AUGUCCGAAACAGCAAAAACUAAUCGAUUUAUUCAAAUCAAUAUCUUUGGCGACAAAUUAUACAAUGCUGUGAACAGCGACGACGACGAAAUCAGCGAAAUCGAAGACAAUGACAUGAAACGUACCUGGGACGCGGACGGGACCAGGCGGCCUUCGGGGUAUAUCACAGUCUUUGAAGAAAUGGUGAACGACGUUCUGGAACACGACCGUCAUUUGCUCUCGGAAAGCGAACUUGACGCUCUAGACGCCUUUUCGAGGCUGUGCUGCAAGUUUGGCUACUUCUUGAAUGAGGAUCCUUCCAGGUAUUGCCUCGUCCGUAUGCUCCUUCUUAAACCGGGAAGGUGGAAUCCUAUGUGCAAGUUUGAAAAGUGGAAGACCGAGGUUGGGCCUGAUGGGCUGCUGCCUUCCAUCGAACCUUUGUGCCAGCCAAUCAAAGAUUUGCUAGCCCUACCGUCUCAGCCCUCUUCACAAGUCAGAGUUGGGCAAGAUACCCAGCCUCCACGACCGGAAAUCAUAGACUUGACCGAGUCCGACGACGAGGAUGCCAACUCAAAUGUCCCUGGUCCAUCCGCCAUCCCCCAGAAACCUCCUUCUGAUGAUCCCAUUGACCGCAUCAUCAAUCGCUCUAGCGAGUCAGACGAUAUUACCCUGGCGUAUUUCUGUGAAAGUGACGAGAAGAUGUCCCUUUACGAGCUUCUCCAGAGUCUGACAGUCGAGCAACUAAAAGGGCUGGCGAAGAGCAACAAAUGCCAGCCCGGUCCCAAAUCCACAAAACAGGAUUUUGUACAUGCUUUGCUCGACAAUGCGACUUCCCAAGGUGUCCUCGGCUUUGCGAUGAAGGAUAACAAAGGGAAGGGCAAGGCGUCUGUCCCUCUGAAACAGACGCAACUGACUUCGUUCAUUAUCGGGAAAAGUAAAGCCUGCCCCCGCCAGUCCCAAGAAAAGCGUCUUCGCGCCCAGAUUCUGAAAAUCCUGGGGAGAUGUUUCCGGGUAAACCAUGACUUCUUCCGACUCGUGCGCCGUAUCCAUGUCAUCGCUUUCCGUUGCACCGAGCACCCGCCGAAGCUCAUGCUUCCCGCCUUGUUGACUCGCUUCAAGAAGCGGACUUACGCCGAAUACAAGCACGAGCGUGAUGUCGACAUCUGGCCUUCUAGGAUUGAGCUCGUACAUUACGAAGAAGCCCUGGAGCUUGAAAUGCAUCUUGAUCAAUUGCUGGAGUCGAAGCCAGAAGAACAGCCACGAGGGAAGACUGUCGAUCCCAAAGCUCGGGAAACUCCAGCUACGCCAGGGCCAAAGAGAGUAACCAUGAAAACGCCCCGCGCUUCCAAGACAACCGCGCCCUCCACACCUAGAGAAGGAGAGUAUAUUGACUUCGGCCCGGAUGGUUGGGAUAUUGACGAGGAGGAGGAAGAGGAAACCCCAGAACCCGACGACCCCAAGAUCAAAAAAGCGAAGCAAAUUGUCAAGCACCUAGACGAGUGGAUCCUUCAGCGGUGGACAUUGUGGCUGGAAUGGAAACACCAUAGGAAUGCGGGACGGACACCUGCAUUGCAACGUUUCGAGCCCGGUUACAUCUAUAGCCGCAUGAUGCGCAAGGUUUUAAAGUCCUUGGCUCAGCUGAAGGAGUACCAGAGGGAAUUGGAUGUCAUUCAGGCAAUGCUUGGUCAGCGUCUGUUUUUACGAGGCAAACGGGCCAAAUUGUAUGAGCGCCGGGCUAUACUUCAGACCCGCUACCUUCACAAAACACCCGAGGGGAAGGUGGAUCUCAAUGUGUUGCGUCAAGCUCUGGAAGGGGUGAAGGAGGCUCUGCUCGACGAUGACACUGUACUCGUCGCCCGCCCUAGUCUCGUGAGGCGGCUCCGAAAACUGGAGGCAAGACUCAAGCUUCCCCCGGGAGAUCGAACUGUAUGUGAGGGAGAAUUGCGCGAGGCCCAAACGGUGAAUAUCGUAGCCAAGCGCAUCUUCAAACCCGAUUCGACGGGGAAACCGACCAACAAGGAAAAUAUUGCUUCCUACAUGAAAAAUAACUCGACACCUAACGUCAAACAGCCACAACGGCGCGACUCUGUCCCCAAUCCGGCCCAGCGGAAGCACCCAGGCAAGUCCAUUUGGGUUGGACGAAACUCCGCAGAGGUCAGUGUGGAACAGGUGGCCUUAGAGUACUACGAGGACUUGGGCUUCAAAGGAUUUCACGCCGAAACCUCAAUAAUGACCACUAUAUUUGGUUUACUCUUUUGGGACAUAAUCUUCGCGGACAUUAGGGGUGCUUUCGAAACCAAAUUCCAAUCUGCGCCAUUGGAUAUCGUCGACGAUUCUUUCUAUUACGCUAGAAAGGAUAUGAUAGACGCGAGACUGGAGGAGCUUCGACAAGGAAAAGGCGUAGAAAUUCUUCAACGCCAUUACGCUGCACACAGCGAAACCAAGACUUGCUGCAUUGGCGUCCGAUGGGACAUUUGUACCGAGCAAGAUUUAGUCGAAAUACUCGAGUGCCUCGGCGGUAAACAACUUGCAAGUAUUUGCAAGCUCUUUUGCGAAGAUUACACCGGACGUUGUAGUGGUGCUCCCGAUCUCAUCGCCUGGAAUGCUCAACACCGGAUCUGCAAGUUUAUAGAAGUCAAAGGACCUGGAGACACUCCACAAGAAAACCAGAAGCUCUGGUUUGACUCUCUUCUUGCGGCUAACAUCGACGUGGAAAUCUGUCGAGUGGCCGAUGUCAAUGACGUCAAAACUCAUACGACGGCAAAGAAGAAGGGGAGGUCCUCCGCCGCACCGUCUACCAGGAAGCGCAAGCGAAGCACCACGAAACACAGCGGCUCGGACUCUGAUGUGGAGGAACAGAAUUACGACAAACUCGAUCCCCACUGCGAUGACGAGCUUCCGCAAGUUUCGUCGUCCCGUAAACGGAGAAGAGCUACGGAUCCAGGUGAACCGUUGUGUUUACAGUCAUUAGGCGCUCCUCCACGGAGAAGUGGCCAAUGA